AUGUCUAGCGGUGAAGAAACUGGUGUAAAGCUUAGUGCAGUAUUGAGUGCUUUAGAGAAGUUUGCUCCACUAAAGCUUUCAGAGGAUUGGGACAAUACUGGUUUAUUAGUGGAACCAUAUUCACCUAGGAACAUUACCAAAAUUUUAUUAACAAAUGAUUUAACAGAAGACGUUGCACUUGAAGCUAAGGAGCAAAACUGUGAAAUGAUAAUAUCAUAUCAUCCACCAAUCUUUGCACCUAUGAAAUCUGUUGUUCAAAAGUCAUGGAAGGAACGUAUAGUAUCGUUGUUGCUUGAGAACAGAAUUGCAUUAUUUUCUCCCCAUACGAGCUGGGAUUCUGUCUAUGGAGGUGUAAACGAUUGGUUGGCGAGCGCAUUUCCUUUUACCGAAUCAAUCCCUACGAUAACUGGUGAAGAUCCGUUUACUGGCGCGGGACGCACUCUUAAAAUCAAUGAGGGAUUCAAGUUGUCUGAAGCUAUAACUAGAGUGAAAAACGUCACUGGAUUGAAACAUGUUCGUUUGGCACUUGGAAAAGGAAGAACACUCUCUGACAAUAUAACGACGGUUGCUCUAUGCGCAGGAUCAGGAGGUUCAGUGCUGAAAAAAGUGGCGCACGCUGAUUUAUUUCUGACGGGUGAAAUGCUCCAUCAUGACGUUCUUGACGCUGCCCAAAGAGGAAUAUCUGUAAUACUAACAAACCAUUCGGACUCAGAGAGAGGUUUUCUCAAAAUAUUCUCUACGUAUCUUAAAAGCUAUUUGGACAACCAAGUUGAUGUUAUAGUCAGCCAGUGCGAUAAAGAUCCAUUGACAACUGUGUAA